AUGAACGUUUCUCGAGUGGCUCUUAGGCGAGCUGCUAUCCGCUCUCACGCUCGCCAGUCUAUCAACAUAUCUCAGCGUCAAUGGGUUCGUUACGCCCACGAUUAUGGCAGCGAGUAUUCUGAGCCUCCAUCUAAUCGCGGAGGUAAAAUCAUCAGUCUCGCGGCUGUCUUUGGCCUAGCUGCUGCUGGGGUUUACCUUUAUCCUAAAUUGACUGGAAAGUCCGCUUCGGUAGCUGAAGACGAGAAGAACGAAGCUCCCAUUAAAGCCGAGAUCGAGUUUGAGAAGCCUCGAAAGAAGGUCAAGUCCAAGGAAGAGAAUCGGGAUCUUAUCAGUUCACAACAUGCCCAAGUCAAGCAUAGUUGGGAGCAUCCCGGUGUCUAUGCAUGGGGUUCCAAUGUUGGCAAGGUUAUCGAUCCAAGCUCCAGUGAGAAAUAUGUCAAAGCACCUCGAAGAAUCUCCUACUUUAACGACCAAAUUCUUCGAGACCUCAAAUUGACUUCCAUCUUUGGUGCGGCAGUCACUGAGAAGGGCGAUUUGGUACAAUGGGGUCUUGGCUACAAUCAAAAAGACCCUUCCCCCGUGUCCACACUCACAGGCAAGGACAUUGUCAAGAUUGAUGUUUCGCUUGACCGAAUUAUUGCCCUGUCCCGCAAGGGCAAUGUCUAUUCCAUUCCCGCGUCUCGCAAUGAUCAGGAAGGUGGCCUCAAGGAAGAACAGCAGAAGUCUUCCUGGUCUAUUUGGGGAUCUGGCGGUUCGCGAGAGAACAUUCAUUUCCGCAACUUGACACCAUCUAGCCUUGCUUACGGUGAAACGGUCAAGGAUAUAAGCACUGGACAGGAACACUGUCUGAUGCUCACUUCUAAGGGUCGUGUCUUUUCGGCCGCGGCCAGCGCCCUUGAGUUUCCCUCCAAGGGACAGAUGGGUGUUGCUGGCUUGAGCUGGCACAACAGACCCAAAGGUCCUUACGAUCAGCCUCAUGAAGUCACCACCUUACAAGGAUUCGAGGUAACACAGAUUGCUGCUGGCGAUUACCACUCGGCAGUUCUCGACAAGACCGGACGUAUCUUUGGGUUCGGCGAUAACUCUUAUGGACAACUUGGAAUCGAUACCGAUUACGGCCUUUCAGUUUCAGACACGCCAGUCAUGGUUCCUACCAACUUGUCAUACGCCAAUACUGGACUCAUUCCCACCGUAACAUCCAUAGCAGCAGGCGGAAACAACACCUUCUUUACCGUAGACGCAAAGGCUUCCAUGAUUCCUGGCAGCACAAAGGCUCUAGCUCCGGCAAGAAGGCUCCCGCCUAUGAGUACAGACUUGUGGGCUUGUGGGCAAGGAGUCUACGGAACAUUGGGCACCGGUCGAUGGUCGCAUGUGUCCGCCAAGCCAACCAAGGUGAAGGGCCUGUCGUCUCUCUUCGAAUUCGACGAGAAGACCAACACGAUGUGUCCCAUCAAGCUCAAGUCUCUUUCAGUCGGCGCCACACAUUGCUCGGCUAUCAUGGACAACGUGACAGAGCUCUCAGUGUCCAGCAAGGGAACAGAGAACGAAACCAACUGGGGUGCUGAUGUCGUAUUCUGGGGUGGCAAUGAACACUUCCAGCUUGGCACUGGUAGACGAACAAACCUGAACGCACCUGCGUAUAUCGCAGCUCUGGAUAGUCCAGCAGACGCUCGCAAGGAGGGGACUGAGGGUUUCCAUCGGCUGUGCGUCACUCCUCGCAAGACUGUCCGUCUGGGUGGUGGAAAGGGACGAAAGGUAUCAUUGGAGCAAAAGGUCGAGUGUGGCAAGUAUGUAACUGGCGUUUACUCUGCUGUUUAA